GAGGAGCUGUGGGUGCAGCCAGCCUUGGAGAUGCCGAAGAGACGGGACAUCCUUGCGAUUGUCCUCAUCGUGCUUCCGUGGACACUGCUCAUCACCGUCUGGCACCAGAGCAGCCUCGCGCCUCUGCUGGCUGUGCACAAGGAUGAGGGCAGUGACCCCCGGCGUGAGGCACCACCCGGUGCGGACCCUAGGGAGUAUUGCAUGUCUGACCGAGACAUCGUGGAGGUGGUGCGCACAGAGUACGUGUACACGAGGCCGCCACCGUGGUCGGACACGCUGCCCACCAUCCACGUGGUGACGCCCACCUACAGUAGACCGGUUCAGAAGGCAGAGCUGACGCGAAUGGCCAACACACUACUGCAUGUGCCCAACUUGCACUGGCUGGUGGUGGAGGACGCUCCACGCAGGACGCCCCUGACAGCGCGCCUGCUGCGCGACACUGGCCUCAACUACACACACCUGCAUGUGGAGACACCCCGCAACUACAAACUGCGAGGUGAUGCCCGAGACCCUCGCAUCCCACGUGGCACCAUGCAGCGCAACCUGGCCCUGCGCUGGCUGCGGGAGACCUUCCCACGGAACUCCACACAGCCAGGCGUAGUGUAUUUCGCGGAUGAUGACAACACCUACAGUCUGGAGCUCUUUGAAGAGAUGCGCAGCACGAGGAGGGUGUCCGUGUGGCCUGUGGCCUUCGUUGGUGGCCUUCGGUAUGAGGCCCCAAGGGUGAAUGGGGCAGGGAAGGUGGUUGGCUGGAAGACAGUGUUCGACCCUCACCGGCCAUUUGCGAUAGACAUGGCUGGAUUUGCCGUCAAUCUGCAGCUCAUCUUGCAGCGAAAUCAGGCCUACUUUAAACUCCGUGGUGUGAAGGGAGGAUACCAGGAAAGCAGCCUCCUUCGAGAACUGGUCACCCUAAAUGACCUGGAGCCCAAGGCAGCAAACUGCACCAAGAUCCUGGUCUGGCAUACACGGACAGAGAAGCCAGUGCUGGUGAAUGAGGGGAAGAAAGGCUUCACUGACCCCUCGGUGGAGAUCUGA